AUGUGUUGUCUAUGAGAGACUCUCGUACUCUAGUUUACAGUGUCAUGUCUUUGAGUUUACUUACUGAAAUCAUUGACUCCAGUUUUAUUUCACUUUAUGUAGUUUGCAUGAUUCAGUGUUUCAACUGAAAACACCCUUGUCCUGCCGCCCAAUCAUUAACCCAACACAUUGUCUAUGGCAUCGUUUCCUCCCUGCCUUCCUGUGAUGAUGACAAGGCCUCCUCUGGCCACCUCCGUCGGUUCAACCAAUCUGAAACGGAAACAUGGUUACCCACCACUAUCACCAAAUCAAUUCAACCUCUCAAGGAAGCAUCUUCCAGAUGAUCCAACAACCCGGCGAUGUUUCUGUAACUUUCCCGAAUGCCUAUCACGCCGUCUACAACAACAUAUUGAAUAUCGCCGAGGCUGGGAAUUCUGCUACUGCGGCCUGGAUCCCCUUUGGCAAUGCAGCUGCCGUUUGCGAUUGCGAGUAAGGCGUUCACUCCUCCCAUAUUUGCAUGAAACUCAGCUUCAGAAAACAUAUCACAAGUCCACCCCGAUCAGAUUGUAGGACUAAAAUGGGGUUCAGGUUCGGGAUGCAACAUGGUGCAGAAUUCCACGGUCUGUCUGAAGAAUUCCGGACGGCGGAUGACGCUGAUUGUGAGGAGGACCUGCUUCCAAUUCCAAGAAGACAGGGACUAUAUUGGGUUCGCCACCCUCCCGGAACAAGUUCAUCGCAAAUCCGUCAAGAGAGGCUUCGACUUCACCCUCAUGGUGGUGGGUGACUCUGGACUUGGAAAAUCAACCCUCAUCAACAGUCUCUUCCUCAGCGAUCUCUAUCAAGAUCGCAAAAUCCCCAAUGUCAAUGAACGAUUGGAAAAAACAACAUCAAUCGAAAAAAAAAGUAUGGAUAUUGAGGAAAGAGGCGUGAAGUUGAGACUAACUGUCGUUGAUACUCCAGGCUUUGGUGAUGGGUUGAAGUGUGAAGAGAGCUGGAGAGCUUGCUGUAAUUACAUAGACGAUCAAUUCAGGCAGUAUUUCACCGACGAAAGUGGAUUAAAUCGAAAGAAUAUUGUCGACAACCGGGUUCACUGCUGCUUAUACUUCAUUCCGCCAUAUGGGCAUGGGUUAAGGCAAAUGGAUUUCGAGGUUUUAAGAAGACUGCACCAAAAAGUGAACAUAGUCCCCGUUAUUGCCAAAGCUGAUACUUUGACAGCAUCAGAAGUCAAGAAGUUGAAAGAAAAAGUUCUUUCCGAUAUUGAUGAGCAUAACAUUCAGAUUUAUCAAUUCCCGGAGUGUGAUAGCGAUGAGGACGAAGACUUCAAACAGCAAGACAGAGAGCUGAAAGCGUGCGUUCCGUUCGCUGUCGUCGGAAGCAACACUGUGAUAGAAGUUGGUGGUUGCAAAGUGCGUGGCCGCCAGUAUCCUUGGGGUGUUGUUGAAGUGGAAAACCCGAAACAUAGUGAUUUUAGUAAACUACGCAACAUGCUAAUCUCAACUCAUAUGCAAGAUCUGAAGGACGUCACAGAGGAUGUUCACUAUGAAAAUUUUAGAGCUCAAUGCAUCUCUCAGAUCUCUAGAGCCAAUCAAGAAAGAGGGAAACUGAAGCGAGACUCUGGGCCACAAUUUGAGGGUGUGAUCACGGAAACCGAUCGUCUCUUACUUCAGAAGGAUGAAGAGAUAAGAAGAAUGCAAGAAAUGUUGUCACAGAUGCAGCAGCAAUUGAAAUCAUCUGGGAAAAGUAACGAUGACAUCUUUACAUCAUCUCAAGAGAAUCGUGAAAGUAUCAUAAAUGUAUAAUCGAUAUUUGUCGAAAGCUCUGUUUGCUUGUUGUAAAAUACCUUUGAAAUUGGGUGUUUAUAUUUCUCUCAUCACAUGGCUGGUGUACGUAAAUGUUUCUUUUAGUGUGCAGUUUUUUCUGAUUGUAAAUGGGAAAGUAGCCAAACCUCCGGCUGUCAUUGAGUUACUUUAGAUUUCAAGGUGCAUGUUAAAAUUCCGGCUCAAGACUCCAUUAUUUCUUCCGUGGACAGGUACAACAGUUGUGUAAUUUUAACGCACAAACGCCUCAGGGUUUCAUCUAAUUAGAUUUAAGUGUUUUAGUUCUUAAAGAAACAUUACCUAUUGUUCAAAAUAUGUUUCAAAUCUUAAGGCUGUGUUUCCUUCUUUUAAAUGUUAGGCAAUACUUCCCUCUAAUCCAGCCUCAUAUGAACUUCAUGCCAAAGAAACUUUAGAUUAGGUACCCGCAUCCUCUUAGCCAUCAUGAGUUUUGUAAUAAACAGGUUUAAGGUUGAGGAUAACAGCCCAAUUGAAGGUCUUAAGGACAGACUCAAUCACAUCACAGGCUAUAUUUCAAUGCAUGACUAUGACAUUGAUUUUUUAGGUGAUUGAAAUGCAUGCAAAACAUUCAGUAAUAAAUGGAUGAUUUAAACAGAAAGCCGCCUAUCGCACCUAUCAGCGACUUCCUGUUUCCUGCAGAUUUGGGUAACAAAGAUGAUAUAUUUUUCCGGUUCAAGAGUUAAACUGCAAAAAAUUGCAGUUCGGAAGUCAUAAUGACGAACUGAAAAAUGAAAUAACUAAGAAUCAAGUCAUGCCGCAUUGGCCGAAAUCAGUCCAACCACAGUCAAUUACAAUCGGUAGUACACCGUAUCAUGUAUAGGCUCUGAAAACAAAUUGAUACCCAUAAUCUCUCUGUAGAGUUCCUUCCUCUAUCUUGCAAAUCCUUGCCUUCCUGAUAUAGGUAGGGCUGUAGCCGCACUUCGCGAUGAACUCUGUUGGUCUGUAUAACUCAUCGUUUUCUCGGGCUCAUCUGUAAGUGUAGUUUCGCCCCAACGUCAGCCAUGCAACAAAGUGUCUGAUCUCACAGUAAUUUAUCUGCAAGUUGCUCAAAAGCAAUCAUUGAGUGAUUUUUUUUCCAUUUAGAUAACUCUAGAAUCCUGCAGGUAUUAUGUCGCUUUGAUUGUCUGCUAUUGGAAGGACAUAAAAUUGUAUUUGCACGUCCUUAUUUUAGAAGAUAAUUGUAUACUCUUUGGUACACGAAAAUGUAUCUUUCCAUCCUCUUUUUUACAAACUUAAAUCAAGCCAAAGUAAGUAUUCCUCGAUCAAUAAUUUAUCCUACCUACUUAAUUUUGACUCUUCGUUUUCUUAGUCUUUCGGUAGUUAGGUUGAAUUUUUUUUUAUUUAUUAAACAAUAAAUAUAUCAAUAUUGUAUGUAAGUGACGUACGACUUACAGAAUAAAAAGUUUCAAAGAUUU